AUGUGCAAGCCGCGCGAUGUGGAGCUAGACAAGAUACUCCUGGAGAUCGGCCAGUUCGGGAGGUACCAGUGCCACGUGUACGGCUGGGUGGUGCCCGUCAUCAUCUUCAACGCCAUGUUCAAGAGCCAGUACAUCUUUAACGCCGCUAAAAUCGAUUACAGCCACACGUUGCCCGAACGCGCCGCGAGCGUGGUGUGUACACGCAGUGGCUGA